AUGGCUGCUUUUGUCUUAGUUGGUGCUUUCUUCCUUGGGUCCUCUGCAGCCUCCCUCUUCUUCCGUUCCAGAAGGAUUUAUCUGAAUAGAACUGCAACUGUUAAUCAAAUAAUUCCAUUGAGUUCACAUUUGAACAAAAUCACAGUUAUUAAGCAUGAUAAUAAUUGCUGGCUUAUUAAAAAUCCCCAAGGUGUGAAGAUUUAUGAAAUUAGGAGGGUUUUUGAUAGGAUUAAAAUGAUGUCCAAGUUUCAAUUGCAACUGAUGAAUAAAAAAGCUUUAUCUACAAUCAAUAGUGGACUUUUUGAUGGUUAUAUUUACCUCCAUAAUGUUGAAACAGAACCUUUAUCACCUAUGAGAACAACACCUUCUGUAUUAAAGAUGACAUCAAAAUUUUGGAGUUUUACAACUGAGUUUAAAUAUGGAACAAAUCUGAUUUUAAGAUGGAGCGGAUUAACUCAUUUUGAGAUUAUAACCAAGAAUAAAAAUGGUUCUCGUGAUCAUGGUAUUGAUAUACAUGAAAGAGCUGCCACUGUUCGUGAAAAUAAUGAUGGUUGUGGUUAUACAAUUUAUUUCACUUUUGAAAAAAUCAAUUUAGAAAUUUUAUUAUCUACAUUUAUUGUCGCACUGACAGCAUAUGGAAAUCGUUAA